UAUAUCAUGUUUAGAUAUCCGAAUCUAAUGACAAAAGCUUCAACUCCUCAACAAAAAGAUAAACGGAAGAAAGAGCUUUGAAAAAAACACUGAAGUGUUUAGCAUGGACUCAGUGGGAGUGAAUCUGAUAAAAACAGCUGCUCUUGGGAGACCCUUCCAGCUCGGCAUGCUGUAUGACUGCAGAAAAGACGAGUUAAUAGCAGGAAUCAGAUUUUGGAAUAAAGAACAGCUGGAGCAGAAUAUCUGUGCUCGUCCCCAGAUUAAUACACAUUUCACUGUCACAACUUCAGACUCCAUUAAAGACAAAUCUAACUUACUAAAUAUUGAAGGAGGACUGAACCUGAGUGUUUUAGGUGGACUCGUCCAGGUUAGUGGAGCAGCAAAGUAUCUCAAAGACACCAAGAAGUCUUUCAUACAGCAGAGACUGGUGCUACAUUAUCAUUCAACCAGUGAGUUUAAAGAACUGACCGUGAAUCAGCUGCCUCCUGAAAAUAUUCCUGAUGAUGAUAAUGCCACACAUGUAGUGACAGGAAUCCUGUAUGGAGCAGAUGCCUGCUUUGUGUUUGACAGACAAGUUUCUUCAGAUGAGGACAAAAGCACAGUAAAAGGAGAAGUAAAAGUGGCUCUUGAGAAACUACAAGGCAUUGUUUCAGUAGGUGCAAAUGCUGAAAUUAGUAUGAAUAAGAAUCAGAAAACUGCAGUCAAAAACUUCACUUGUACGUUUUAUGGUGACUUCCAGCUGCCGUCUAACCCAACCACUUUUGAAGAUGCGAUGAAGGUUUUUGCUGAUCUUCCGAAACUGCUGAAAGAAAACCAAGAGCUGGCGGUUCCUCUGAGAGUUUGGCUUUAUCCUCUGCACAAACUUCACUCAAGAGCUUCAAAACUUCAGAAAGACAUCAGCAUAGAUUUAAUCCAAGAAACUGAAUCAGUGGUUGAGAGUUUAUAUACCACUGAGAUGAAAUGCAGUGAUCUUCUGGAAGACUCUCCUGCUGUGGCUUUUGCUGCAUUUCAUGAUAAAAUACUGCAAAUGAAGCAAAACUGCUACAAGUGGAAGUUGAGACUCAUGAAGAAGCUCUGCUCUCUGCUGCCAAACAUCCGUGGAGAUGUGAUGAAGGAAACAACACUGAAUGAUCUUCUACAAGAACAUGAGAAAUCUCCAUUCAGCGAUAGUGACCUCACAGAAUGGCUGAAGGAGAGAGAAAGAGAGUCUGAGAUCAUUAAAACAAUCCUCAGACAGCUGAAGGAUUACGGUGCACAGGUGGAAGUCAACAUAGAUGCCAUCUUGAUGGAUCUGGAGGUCGGGAAUCUGGUCAGUUACACAUUCACAUCUCUGAACUGCUCAGACAUCAUCCUUCAUAAACAAAAGAUCUAUCUGAGUUCUUCAACAACAAGAGAAAAUGUAGACAUAAGCCCUGAUAUCAAGCAAAAGUCUUGGCUCACUCCUGAGAUCCAGAAGACCAUGAGGAGAAACUUGGAGAUAUUUAAGAACCUGAUGAAUUCAGAAGACCGUAAACCAGCAAAGUUUAUUGUGUCCUCAAAAGAAAUGAAGAAUCUUCCUGGUUCCUGUGUUCUGCUGUAUGAAGAUGGAUGUAAUGAUGCUGUAUGCUUUAGUCCUCCAUCCAAACCAGUCUGUCCAGUCACUGAAAAGGUCAAAGGUCAGAGUGUGGUUCUGAAGGUGGUUCCUCCAUCAUGUCCUGCUACAGUGGAGCUCAGAUUACUGUAUAAAGCCAAUCAGGACUCAGUCUGGAGAUCUGAAGCUGUGCUGAAGAAUCAACACACAGUUACUCUGACUGAUCUGAGAUCAGGAGCUGUGUAUGAGAUUAAAUGUGCAGCGCUGGGGAAACUCAACUACACCAGAGAGAGUGACGUGAUCAGUGUUACCACAGAGAAAGAAAACAAGGAGUUUGGAACUGCAGGAAACAGAGCAGAUCGAUCUGUGGUGAGAGAGAGUAUGGGGAGAAUCUAUCAAGUGUUUGUGAUCGGGAUACAAGGCGAGAAGAAAACAAUAGACGUCGCCAGUUCGGAGGAAGAAUUCAAUAACACAAUGGUGGCGGAAUUAAAACAAAAACUUGCUGAGAAACUGCCUCAGGAUGCUUCAGACCCGUCUGCAUUACGAUUACUCUACACCAGCAAACAACUAAAUGACACCGACAAGUUCUCUGACCACGGGAUCAAGGAUAAAGCCACUAUCUGCAUCAUAAUUCGUUUGCCGACUGGAAGAUAAAGCUGAAGUCUUCAGGCUUGAAGGAGAGACAGGUGUGCUGUCUAUUCAUCCUUCAUGUGUCUUCAGCAAACUACAGACUUUAUACUUUCUCUCUGAGAUUGAAGAAACCAUUUAAAGCAGGUCAAACUGCUGGAAGCCGUUUCUUUCAUGUAAUCAUUUCUAAAUGCAGACCUCAACAGCCACACAUAAUACCUAUCUGGAUUUUUAAAUAUCUUGAGCAAGGAAACAUUUUGCAGUGUUGAUUAUCGAUUCUGUUGUCAUGAUGAAAGAAACACUUAAAAAAAAUCAUGUUUAAUAAAAUGAUCUGAACACCUUGUAACAAAUUAAAUAGAUGAGAAAAUGGUGAGCUACACAAUGAAAAUGUAUUUUCCCUAAUCGAUUUCGUGCAGUUUUCACUUUGUUGUAUAUAUGGGAUUGGUGUGUGGAGAUUCUAAGAAAUCCACAUUGUGAUAGAGAUUCUGAGA